GAUUUUUUUUGGUGGGGGGAGACGCAGUUCAACCCCAAAGUAUUUAUAAUCUGGUUUGCGGGAGGUUUAUUGGAAUGGCAACAGAAAUAAAAAUACUGGAGAGAGUUUUUUGCUGCACAGGAGAAUGGUCACCAGUGCCCUGCAGCCACUGGACGCCACUGUCCACCACUUGCACUCUGCCGGGGGGGACACCUCGAUCACGGUGUCCCAGCUGCUGCUGGGUCUGCCACAGCCGGAGCCUGUGGCCCGCAUCUCCGCGGCGCUGGACGGUGUGGUGAAACGCGUCUAUGAAGUGAUUGGCAUCCGGGUGCAAGACGUAGAUGAAUGUUCCUAUGACGAACUCAACGCCUGCCCUGGGAGGGGACGGUGUCUAAACAUGGAGGGCUCGUACCAGUGCCUCGGUCACCCGGAGUCGCCCAACUCGUCCCCCCAGAAGCUGGAUGGCACCUGUGAAGACUGCCCUCCCGUCAGAGACCUCGUGAUCCUCAACGUCACCAGCAGCAGCUUUCAAGUGUCUUGGAGUUUACAUUCCACCCAGAACUGCACUUUCCAGGUGCAGGUUUACCAGGGUGAGGAGAUGCUCAGGAAGGCCAGCACCCGGGGGACGAGCCUGGAGGUGGCCGGGCUGGAGGCCGGAGUGCUGUAUGGGGUGAGGACCAGCUACCAGACGUGCUGGGCCAACGUCACCACCAUGGUCACUGUCAGGACCGAGGCCCGGGUGUUCGAAGUCAAAAUCAGGAUCCUAAACCGCAACGUGACAGAGGGGCUGCUGGACCGUGGGAGCCCCGAGUUCCAGAACUUCUCCCAGCAGCUGCUGCACGAGGUUGCAACCUCCUUUCCGCCGGCGCUUUCUGACUUGUACCGAAGAGGGAAGCUGAGGAUGCAGGUCGUGUCUCUCCGGGCCGGAAGCGUGGUGGUGAGGCUCAGACUGACGGUGCAGGACCCCGAGUUCCCGGUGGGCGUGUCCACGCUGUCCCCCAUGCUCCCGCCUCUGUGGGCGAACACCAUGUUCCAGGUGGACCAGUGGGAGACGCUUGUGCAAGACUGGGAUGAGUGCGCAGACAGCCUGGAGCACGACUGCUCGCCGGCAGCCCAGUGCAUCAACCUCGAGGGCUCGUACACCUGCCAGUGCCGGACGGCCAGGGACGCCCACCCCUCCAGACCGGGCCGGGCCUGUGACGGUGAUGCGUUGAGCCCCACGGGUGGUGCACCAUCUCCGGUGACAGGCGAAACAGCCCCAGGUCCCAGCACAGAAACAACAGCCCUCGGCCUGGAGACCCCCACCUUGUCCCCCAGCCCUGGAUACCCGUGGGGCACCACUGCAGCAGGCCAGGCCUGGACCCCAGGGCUCCCACCCAGGAGAGGGGGCAGCGGCAUGCUCGGUCAUGGCAGGAACAGCACUGGGCAAGCCGUGGAGGAGGAGGCCAGCGUGGCCCCAGGCCUGGGGACCAGCCGGUGGACGGCCAGCAGGGUGGCUGGUACCACCUUCUCCUCCCGGGCUCCUGGGCCAACCCACAACUCCCCUCCUGGGGCCAUGGACAGCCUACCAGACUCCCCUGGAUGGUUGCCCCCGAACUCCACCACGGAGCCGCCCUUCCGGCCCGCUCCUACCCAGGGCCCCAUGGACCACGUUGAGUGGCAUGCCAGCCUCCCCACAAGGGACACACCGCCAGUACCUCUGGACCCCGCAUGGCCAAAAAACUCAGACCCUGGACCCUCCGGCUCCCCAGACCUGCCCUCGGCCACCACGCCUGCAUCUCUGAAGACCCCAACCUGCGCUCCCAUGCCCAUCAGAAGGGUCAUCGUCUCCAAUGUGACCAGCACGGGCUUUCACGUGGCAUGGGUGGCGGAUCUCACCCUGCGCCCCACUUUCCAGCUCACCCUGAUUUCUGCGCGGACCCCCACUGUGCACCUGGAGACCCGGAACGCAAGCCUGACACUGUCUGGCCUAGAGCCUGGCGUUUUGUACCUGGUGGAGAUCGUGGCCAAAGCAUGUGGAAAAGAAAGUGCCAGAGCCCACCUGAAAGUGAGGACAGCGGCCCAGAAGCUCAGUGGAAAAGUCAAAAUAGCAAAUGUCAAUUAUUCAGAAUCCUUCCGCAACGCAAGCAGCAAGGAGUACCAGGCCUUCCUAGAGCUAUUCUUUAGGAUGGUGCGGAAUUCCUUGCCAGCCUCCAUGCUUCAGCACCUGGACACAGGUGGGGUGCAGGUGGAAGUGACCCGCAUCUCCAGCGGCAGCGUCGUGGUGGAGUUCAACUUGCUGGUCAUCGCAGACGUGGAUGUCCGGGAGGUGUCUGCCACGUUCCUGGCCGCCUUUCAGAAUGCCCCUCUGCUGGAGGUGGUCGGAGGUGACCCCUUCAUAACGGAUUACGAUGAGUGUGACAGCGGGGAGGACGACUGCGCCCCGGGCUCCUCCUGCCGCAACAGCCUGGGGUCCUUCACCUGCAGCUGCGAGGGAGGCACCCCCGACCUCCCCGUGGAAUAUUCUGGAAGACCCUGCGAAGGCGACUCUCCUGGCAACACAUCCCAGAUCCCCGGCCCAGAGCAGCCCCCUACCCCAGCAGGACCUGGGGCUGCCUCUGUGCAGGGUGCCCGCCCAGCCCCCCAGGGCCUGUCCCCACGGCUGAACCUGACCGGGGCCGUCAGGGUGCUCUGUGAGAUCGAGAAGGUGGCCAUCGCCAUCCAGAGACGCUUCCUGCAGCAGGAGUCCAUCCCUGAAUCCUCCCUGUACCUGGGACACCCGUCCUGCAAUGUCAGCGACCACAACAGCACACACGUGAUCCUGGUGGCCGCGUGGGGCGAGUGCGGAACCGUCGUGCAGAGUAACAUGACGAAUACGGUGGUGAGGACCACGCUGAGGAACGACCUGUCCCCAGAGGGCAUCAUCCAUCACCUGAAGAUCCUGAGCCCCAUCCACUGUGCCUUCCAGAAUGACCUCCUGACGUCAUCGGGCUACACUCCGGAGUGGGGGGUUUACACCAUCAUCGAGGACCUCCAUGGUGCUGGAAGUUUUGUCACUGAAAUGCAGUUAUUUAUUGGAGACUCUCCUAUUCCUCAAAAUUAUACCGUGUCUGCCAGUGAUGACGUCAAGAUUGAAGUAGGGCUCUAUAAACAGAAAAGCAACCUCAAGGUGGUCCUGACCGAGUGCUGGGCAACGCCAUCCAGCAAUGCCAGGGACCCGGUCAUGUUUGGCUUCAUUAACAACAGCUGCCCUAUCCCCAAUACACACACGAAUGUGAUUGAGAACGGGAACUCCAACAAGGCCCAGUUUAAGCUGAAAAUCUUUUCCUUCAUCAACAACUCCAUAGUCUAUCUGCACUGCAAACUCCGCAUCUGCAUGGAAUCCCCUGGAACCACGUGCAAAAUAAACUGCGAUGACUUUCGGUCGCUGAGAAAUGGUGAGCCCUCUGCAACGCACCAGAUGUCCUGGGGGCCCCUGAUUCGGUCCGAAGGAGAACCUCCAGCUGCAAAGCCGGGCCUGGGAGCCGGUUACCUGGUCCUCAUCCUGGUGGCCGCCUUUGCCUUGGUGGCGGGGCCAGCUGCCCUUCUCAUCAUGCGCUACCAGAGGAUGACCGGAAAAUACAACUUCAAAACCCAGUCCGACAACUUCAGCUACCAGGUGUUCCAUGAAUAAGGCGCCCGGCUGCCCGCAGGUAGCCGUGAAUCAAGCUCCAGUCUUCACUCAAGUGUUGAUGGCAGUCUGCUCUGUCCCGCAUCCAGAGCCUGGAUGAGCUCCAGAAGUGGUGAAAACACAGCCUCUGCCUGCCCCCAGGAGGCCCGUCCUCUGCCUGGGUCCCAGACAAGGCAGCACCAAGUGGGCGAGCGGAGCUGGUGGAGAAGCAGGCCGGGAGCUGGAUGCCCAGAGCCUCAGACACAGGGAUCUUCGAACCAAGCUCGAACGCAGCUCUGCCGUCACGCAAUCGCCUCCACCACACAGAGCUCCCAGGCCCCUUACCACCCUAAGUGGUCCAGGCAGCCCUUCCUGGCUUUGCUCACCAUUGACAUCUAACACCUAACACCCACCCACCCACCCAGCCACCCAUCCAUCCAUCCAUUUGACCCUCUGUCAAAUACAUAACAUUUUCGAAACUAUUUGACAGUGCAGUUGAAGUUCUUUUAAAAAUAGGUGAGUCAUUGAAAUUGGGUCAUUUGUAGAGACGUGGAUGGACCUAGAGACUGUCAUACAGAGUAAGUCAGAAAGAGAAAAACAAAUAUUGUAAAUUAACACAUAUAUGUGGAAUCUAGAAAAUGGUACAGAUGAACCGGUUUGUAAGGCAGAAAUAGAGACACAGAUGUAGAGAAUAAA